AUGGAUAAUUUCAAUGCUUCUGACGUUUCUUCACUAGAUAAGAAGGUAUCAAAACACCCUGUGAUGGUUAUCAGUGCCAUAGUUAUGCUUGUUAUUGGCAUUUUUGGCAACACGGUAUCGUUGGUAGUGCUUUGCAGAAGAAGACUAAGAAGCAUAAAUAUCGGAAUCUUUCUGAUUGUGUUCUGCUUAAACGACUUGAUUAUUGUGGGAUUAUUUUCGCACCAAAUGCUGUCUAAAAUGUUUCUGGAUGGAUCACUAUUAAGAGAAAUAAUGUGCAAAUAUGGUCAAUUUUUAAUUUACUUCACACGUCAGUUCAGCUCUUGGAUUACCGUUGCAAUUUCCGCCCACAGAAUGUUUGCUAUAUCACGACCGUUCUCAGCCCGAAUGAAAAAGUUUGGUUGGAAAUCGCAAGUUGUUACUCUUAUUUCAAUUGCUAUUAUUCUCUUAAUUGUCAACAUCAUUAAUAGUAGAUAUUUUCACUUCAGACAUGGAUCAUGUAUUUACGAUGCCGGAAUAUUAUUUAUUGUAGUGAACAGUGUUUUUUACAGCUAUUUACCAUCUCUUAUUUUGAUUACAUCUACUGUUGCUAUAAUUAUUACUCUGUGCCGCCGUCCAAAAUCAUGGUCAACCCUGAAAAAUAACAACAAUAUUUUCUUGGUGUUGGCCAUAAAUAUAAUGUAUCUGAUUUGUUCACUUCCACCUUCUGUCGUAUUUCCUUUAUUUGAAACGGAAGUAGCCAAAGAUUUGACAGUCAAAAACAUGAUGGCGAUACUUUCAAAUUUCGACAAUGCAUUUCAUUUUGUUUUGUACAUGUUGAGCGGUCGGUUGUUCAGAGAAGAAUUGAAAAAAUUAGUGAGAAGGAGAUGUCAACCGAGUACAAAUUCAGCUUCUGAUGCGAUCAAACAAGGACGCCCUUACGUGAUCCCUGGACAAAUGGAAAAAACACCCAAAUCUCAAUGA